GACGUGUUCAUUCUAAUAAGGAGCUCAGCUGGGAAAGGCAAGGGAGAGAAGGGCGAACCUCGUGUGGAGGGUGAAGUGAAUUGCUGAAGACAGCGCAACCAAAGAACUGGCCGCAAUGGAGUCAACAAUGGGGCAAGCACGGUCCGCAAUAUCCAAAAUACUUUGCGGAGAGGAGCGCUCCUACACGCGCUUCAACCUGGCACAGAACAUGGAGGGGGACAACAGCCAGGUGGAGAUGAAGCUGUCCACGGACGGCGACGAAGAGGCACCCAACUCCGCCGCGCAGAACCACGCCCAGAACACGUACAGCCGCCAGCCCAAGCGCCCCAGCAAGAACCUUGCCUUCAUCGUCAUCGGCAUCUUCCUCAUCUUCAUCAUCGGUUUUCUGAUUGGCUACCUGACCAACUACAGACAAGAGGCAGAUUCCGAUCACUGCACCCCCGUUACCACUGAGGCCAGCACCUGGGAGGGGCCCAAGGAAGAAGUGGUUCCAGAGCUGGACUGGAGCGACAUCCGGUCACUGCUGCAGGACAGGCUGACGGCCGAACGCUUCAGCAGCCGGCUUAGUGAUCUCUCUCAGUCUAACCAUGAGGCAGGAAGCGAGGGAGAUGAGCUUUUGGCAAAUAUAGUGCACCAGGCCUUCGAGACCUACGACAUGAGCCCUUGGAACGAUGAGCAUUUCGUGAAGAUCCAGAUCCCCCCCAGUGACUCUUCAAACGAAGUGCUGUUUGGCGAAGAGCAGAUUGGCAUACCCAAGGGAUACUUGUCAUACAGUGCUACUGGAACCAAAGAGGGCAGGGUCGUGUACGUCCACUACGGCGAACUGGGCGAUUUCGAAAACGUGACGGGCACGGGAAUUGACUUGACUGGGGCCGUCGUCCUGCUCAGAGCUGGCAAGAUCAGCUUUGCAGAGAAGGUGGCCAAUGCUGCUAAACUGAAAGCAGCUGCUGUGCUGAUCUAUCCAGACCCUGCUGACUAUACCUUUGAACCCAGCACUGAACUCUACGGCCAUGUCCAUUUGGGGUCUGGGGAUCCUUACACACCAGGGUUCCCCUCCUUCAACCACACGCAGUUCCCCCCGGUCAAGUCCUCGGGCCUACCAGAAAUUCUUGCUCAGACCAUCACCGCCAACAUGGCUGCCAAAAUCGUCCGGAAAAUGGGUGGCCUCAAUGCUCCUAGUUCUUGGUCUGAAGGGUCUUUCGUCUCAAUGUACAAACUGGGCGGUGAAAACGACACGAUCACAGUGCGAGUCAACAAUGUCCUCACGGAGAGGCGCAUUCACAAUGUUUUUGGGGCUAUUAAGGGAUUUAUGGAUUCAGAUCGCUAUGUCGUGAUUGGUGCCCAGAGGGACUCCUGGGGUCCUGGCUAUGCCAAGUCAACAGUGGGCACCAGCAUAUUGCUGGAGCUUGCCCAUGCCAUCUCAGACAUGGUGAAGAAUGGUGAUUUCCGGCCCAGAAGAAGCAUAGUCUUUGCCAGCUGGAGUGCUGGCGAGUAUGGGAGUGUUGGUGCCACCGAGUGGUUGGAGGGAUAUUUGACCAGUCUGGGUUUGAAAGCGUUUUCGUAUAUCAAUCUGGAUGGUGCUCUUACUGGGCACCAGACAUUUAAAGCCGCCGCCAGUCCGCUGCUUUACAAGUUGGUCCAGAACACAAUGAGAGAGAUGAAAAGCCCCAUCGGGGAGAAACCCGGAGAGAAGUCCCUGUAUGAGCAAGUGGCCGGGUCAGACUGGGAGCAGGCCGUGAUGGUGCCCAUGCAGCAGGACGACUCUGCCUACCCUUUCUUGGCCUUCUCCGGCAUCCCCUCAGUCUCCUUCCGCUUCGCUGAUCUCAGAGGCUCUGGAGAGUACCCCUACUUUGGUACCGUCUUGGACACCAAAGAAAAGCUGGACUAUGCCACGGACCAUCGCACAGCCCAGCUCGCUGCCUCCGCCGCCCAGUUCGCUGGCCAGAUGGCCCUCCGGCUCGUCCACGACCACCUGCUGAGGCUGGACGUGGAUCGCUACGUCCGCCACUUCCGCCUCUUCGUGGCCAAGGUCAACCGCCGCGUCUACCAGCUGAAGCAGUCUGGUGGCGUUUCCGGAACGCAGAUGGAAGCGCUGUCUGUCGAGUGGCUUAAGUCCGCUGUCGGGUCCUAUAGCCGGGCAGCCACUGACCUGGCCGUGGACAUCCAGAAUAGCGACUUGAGCGAUGUGGAAAUGUGCCGUACAAUCAACGACCGCAUCAUGAGGGUGGAGGCUAACCUCCUGUCCCCCUAUGUGUCGCCUAAAGACACGCCCUUCCGCCACAUCAAGUUUGGCUCUGGCUCCCACACCAUGGAGGCUCUGCUAGAUCACCUGAACGCCAUCCGAGAGCGCUCGCCAGACUCCGACACCGAUCUGUUCCGGAAUCAGUUCGCCCUGGCCACCUGGACCAUCCAGAGCUGCGCCAACAACCUGGCGGGCGAUGUGUGGGCAAUGAACAACGAGAUAUAAAUUACAAAACCCAUAUACCCAGCGCACAGUGAAAUGCCCUUUCUUGGUCAGUUUUGUUGGUUUCACACAUUGGAAUGCAAUUUUAAAAUUGUGACCAACUGGUGACGCCCCCAUAAUUUUUGCUCUGAAUUUUUCAGCAAGCGCUUAAAAUGCCUGUAGAAAGUUUAUUUUGAUCGUGAAAGUCUUGUACAAAAUUAAUUUGGCUGAAAACAAAAACCACAAAUGGCACAAUCAAAACUCCCAUGACCAUUAGAGGACAAAUUUAUCUGUCACAGAUAAUGGGAUUGACAUUUAAAAAAAUAGUGCCAGAAAUGGUAUGUGGCUUUCAUAUACAUAUACAUGUAAUCAAAUGGCAGAUUCAGUUGCAUGUGCAAUUAUUUCUUGUGGAGUAGUUUAAAAGAAAUGAUAGUGUUAAACUUGAAGAGUGUUCACUUUUCACAUUCACUAAACAUGCUUAUCACUGUCAUCUUGUGUUUGAAGUUCAGAAAUGUGGGAAAUGCAGAUCAGUGUGGCAUUAGUCAUGGUGCUUGCCAAUCGUUAAUGGGACAUUACUGGAUUAUAAUACAAUGUAGACCAUUGUUGGACAUGGUAGGUACACCUCAUUGAUUUAAAUUGCAGCCUUCUCCAGGCAAUUCCUGUGCUGGUAGAGCAGGUCUUUUUGUGACAAUGGCAUAAUCUUCCUAAAUUUUAGGUGCAGUUUGCCUUAAUAGUUUUUCCACAAAAUGCAGGGCAAUUAAGUGACGCUUAUUGCAUGACCACACAAUCGCAGGUGUGUGUUUAUUUACACUGUACCACAGAGUAGAGUAUCACACUCUGGGCGACUCAUUUAGUCAUUUUGUUCUCCUACCUUCACUUUUUCCUUGUUCUCCUUUCAGUUGAAUGUCAUUAAUUUGAACUGCUCCCCAUGGAAAAUUCCAGCAACUGGCCUGUGAUCUUGAAUAAGUGGACCUGGUACGAUCACUGCAUUGGUGCUAUUACAUUUCUCGUACCCAUGUAGCUCUUCACUUGUUGGAUUUGGCAUUUGUAUGUGGUUCAGGACGUUAAAAUGUUUUUUAACCUAACAAACCCAUCAUUGCCUUCACAUAUUGGCUUUUACACACAUCAAAUAAAAUCUUCAUAGAACCUCUUGGUUUAAAGCAAAGGGAUUGAACAAGAGAGGAACGUCACUGUUUGACAUUCACAAUCUAUAUUUAUUAGUUAUGUAUUUAUCAGUGACAGCGUUCACUAUAAAUAGUACCGAAAAAAUUAUUUUGUAUGAGAUUAUCGGAAGCAGUGUCUUCCAUAAUUGUGACGGUUAUACUGUCGGCUUUUAAAGCAGCAUCUGCUACAGAAAUACGUGUUACCAACAACUGUUACUAGAAACUUGUGUUCUGGCUAACGUCCAGUAGGCACUGGAGAACUUCAUAAUUGGUUGUAUUGGUUAUGGUUAUUGGCACACAAUGUAACCAAAUGUUUUCCCCACUGAGGAAAGCAAACCAAAAAAAAAAAAAAAAACACCUAAUUGGUGACAUGUAAAAAUAAAUCCACUGAAAAAAACUGUUCACAGGUCAUCGGGCUGUUUCUGGAACAAGUGAUUUGGUACAUUUUAUUUCUAAUUCUAAAACAUUAUCGGGAGCAGUGUCUUCCAUAAUGUGAAAAGUUUGACGGUAGUUUUUGCCUACCACUGUAUAUAUCGAGAGCAGUGCCUCCCAUAUUUCACUGUAGGGUGUAUGUAAUUAUCGGGAACUGCGUUUCCCAUAAUUUUUAUAUUUUUUAUUUUACAAAUUUUCUUAAUGCUUGAUAUUUGUUGUGUGUCAUGGCAACUUUUAAAUUGGCUGUGGGCUAACGGGGUUAAUUGCCUUCUUUUCUGAAAAAGAAAACUGCAUUCUUUUGCUGUCUUUGUCAUUGAGUGCUCUUCAGAAGGUCACUUAAUUUGAAUAGAGGGUAAUGUUCUUUGAUACUUCCACCAAAAUCUCAAUGCCAGGCUUUAGUGUAAUUUCGCUUCUGCUUCUGAAUUAGUUUUUCUUCUCCCAUAUACUGUAUGGCUUAUCAGUGCCUUGUGCUUCUCCUCUUGUAGAACACGUUAUAAGAAUCAUCUUACAGUUUCAGAAUUUGCUCACUUCAGUUUUUCACAUUUUUUUCCCCCAUUUUACAACUAUCUUGGAGGUCUGUCAUGUCAAAGGUAAAGGUCAAAACAUAAUACCACUAUAAAGUGACAUUACUGGUGGAUGAAGGAUGUGGCCCAUAUAAAAAUUAAGUUAUGAAAAUGCAUAAGUAGCACAGAUUAAAUGUAUUUAAAUCCCAUUCAUAGGGUUUAAUCUGAUCUGAAUAUGGACAGAUUUCUAAUAAAAGGUUCUAGCAUUUAUUUGUAUUUUUCUGUGAAUUGUGGGAACACAUGUUGGAAGGCCAGAAAUACGUAUUCAUUCCCAGAAAGCACUCAAGUGUUACUUUGAUUCUUUUAUUAGGAAUAUAAUGAAUAUCUUUGCUUAAAAUGUUAACAUGAAAAAUGAUUAAUUCUGUCAUGUUUGUAUUGCCCGUUGCAUGUCAUAUGAGCCCUGUAAUGUUUUACAAUGGGAAUUUAAACUGAAUGGUCAGGACUGCGCUGUUGUAAUCAAUUGUUCCUCAUAUUUGCAGUUGUAUGGUCUUAGUUUUUCCAUGAACUGUUGUAGAAUAUGUAAUUGUCUAUCUUUGUAGGGGUUCCUUCAAUUUCAACCUUAAAAUUAUGUUGAUUUUACUAUUCCCAUGUUGACAUUUCUCUUUUUUUCAGAAAUGCAUGCUUGUGUUCUCAUUACAAAAUUCUUUUUUUUUUUUUCAUAGUUUGGUUGAACCGCUUAUUUCUAAAAUGCUUUUUUUUCUUCAGGAUAUCUGCUAUUAAUUGAAAAUGAUUGGUGUCAAUAAGUUAUGACUGAAGAUUGAAAAAUUAAGUUUGGUGUUUGGGACUGUAAACAAAUAAAAUAAAAUCUUAUCUGUUCUGCAUUAAACCUCUAUCCAAAUA